CCCAGCACUCGAAGAUUCAUCCCAAGAUGCGAUUCCAACUGGCUUUCUUCCUUGGCUCCCUGGCCCUCGUUGCCACUGUCUGUGCCCAGACCACCCCAACGGAUCCCACCACCCCUCCAACGGAUCCCACUACCCCCCCGGCCACGCCUACUACGCCUCCGGCUACACCAACCACGCCUUCUUUGCCCACUUCCCCCACCACGCCUCCUGCAUCCACUGAUCCUACCGCCAGCACCGCAGCCCCUUCCACUGCCACUACCACCGCUGCUCCAUCAGGCGGAGGAUCCAAGAAGACAAAGUGUGUUCGCCAUUUCGACCGUAAGAUCAGGCGGUCCGGCAGGAAGACUAAAGUCCACCGUAACCGAUCUCGCGGACGCAGGUCUUCCCGGAACUAAGACUAUCACGGAUUCAGACCCAA